AGCAUUCACUGCGGAUCUUUAUGCCGGUGCUGCUAGCCCGCUGAUUUGUGUAGUGCUGGGAAGUGUGCGAAUCAGUCCUUGUUUGGCGUGGUCAGUGUUUGGGUCAAACUGUUGCUCGGUUGAGCAUCCCUGACGACUAGAACCAUGAAGGCGGCACCGUUCCGAAGCUCCGGUGGAGCGGGCGAAAAGGCGACUUACAAGGACAAGGACAAACCGUCCCAGGUUCGCCAGAGCAACAUCACGGCCGCCAAAGCUGUAGCAGAUGCCAUUCGAACAAGCCUGGGCCCACGGGGUAUGGACAAAAUGAUCCAGGCAGCCAACGGUGACGUGACUAUCACCAACGACGGGGCCACCAUCCUGAAGCAGAUGCAAGUGCUGCACCCCGCUGCCAAGAUGCUUGUGGAACUGUCCAAGGCACAGGACGUGGAGGCUGGAGACGGCACCACCUCGGUGGUGGUGAUCUGCGGCAGCCUGCUGGAUGCUGCGGCCAAGUUGCUCCUCAAGGGCAUCCAUCCGACGAUCAUCUCGGAGUCGUUCCAGCGGGCGGCCUCAAUGGCAGUGGAGGUGCUGGAGUCGAUGGCGCACCCGCUGGACCUGUCCGACCGGGACUCCCUGCUGAAGAGCGCCACGACGGCCCUGUCGUCCAAGGUGGUGUCCCAGCACGCGGGCCAGCUGGCACCCAUGGCGGUGGAUGCGGUGCUGCGGGUGGUGGACCCAACUAGGGACACCAAUGUGGACCUGAGGGACAUCAAGGUCAUCAGGAAGCUGGGAGGCACGGUGGAAGAUACGGAGCUGGUGGACGGACUUGUGUUCACCCAGCGGCUGGCCGGGUCGGGUGGACCUCACCGGGUGGAGAAGGCCCGGAUCGGACUCAUCCAGUUCUGCAUCUCUCCGCCCAAAACGGACAUGGACCACCAGGUGAUAGUGUCUGACUACACGGCCAUGGACCGGGUGCUCCGGGAAGAGCGUGCCUACAUCCUCAACAUCGUCAAGCAGAUCAAGAAGGCCGGCUGCAACGUGCUGCUGAUCCAGAAGUCCAUCCUCAGGGACGCCCUGAACGACCUGGCCCUGCACUUCCUGGCCAAGAUGAAGAUCCUGGUGGUGCGGGACAUCGAGCGGGAGGAGGUGGAGUUCGUCUGCCGCAGCCUGGGCUGCCGCCCCGUGGCCUCCCUGGACCACUUCGGCCCCGAGGCCCUGGGCAGCGCCGAGCUGGUGGAGGAGGUGGCCACGGGCAGCGCCAAGUACAUCCGGGUCACCGGGGUGGCACACCCGGGCCGCACGGUCACCCUCCUGGUGCGCGGCUCCAACAAGCUGGUGCUAGAGGAGGCGGAGCGCUCGCUGCACGACGCCCUCUGCGUGGUGCGCUGCCUGGUGAAGCGGCGGGCGCUGAUUGCCGGCGGCGGCGCCCCCGAGAUGGAGAUAUCCCUGCGGCUGGCAGAGCGCGCCCGUCUCCUGUCGGGGCUGGACGCGUACUGCGUGGGGGCGUUUGCGGAGGCCCUGGAGGUGGUGCCCUACACCCUGGCGGAAAACGCGGGCCUGCACCCCAUCGCGACGGUGACGGAGCUGCGCAACCGUCACGCGAAGGGGGAGCGGGAUGCUGGCAUCAAUGUCCGCAAGGGCUCGGUGACCAACAUCCUGGAGGAGAAUGUGGUGCAGCCGCUGCUGGUGUCCACCAGUGCCGUGACGCUGGCUGCGGAGACUGUGCGCAGCAUCCUCAAGAUCGACGACAUUGUGCAGACGGUGCGCUAGCGGGCCCGCUAAUUGACCGGCUCAGCUGGGCUGAACCCGAGAAUAAAGGCUGUUUCUUAUUUAAGCA